GGAUUCCUGCUCUCCUUGCAUGUCAGUUGUGAAACCGGGCAGCAACCCCUAAGCCAUCGCCAUGGAUUUUGUUAUGAAACAAGCUUUAGGAGGGGCUACCAAAGACAUGGGGAAGAUGCUGGGUGGGGAUGAGGAGAAAGACCCAGAUGCUGCCAAGAAAGAAGAGGAACGACAAGAAGCCCUUAGGCAAGAAGAAGAGGAAAGGAAAGCCAAAUAUGCCAAAAUGGAGGCUGAAAGAGAAGUUAUGAGACAAGGGAUUCGAGAUAAGUAUGGGAUAAAGAAGAAGGAAGAAAGGGAAGCAGAGGCCCAGGCUGCACUGGAAGCUAAUGCUGAAGGGAGUCUGACUCGCCCGAAGAAGGCAAUCCCUCCUGGCUGCGGCGAGGAGGAAGAGGAAGAGGAAGAGAGCAUUCUGGACACGGUCAUCAAAUACCUACCGGGGCCCCUGCAGGAUAUGUUCAAGAAGUAAUCACUGCAGAUUGUCAGACUGGCACAAACAGUACCGCAACGAAUUUCUCGUUUGCCCAAUGGGGAUAUACAACCUUGCCAUUCAUCACACAGCCCUCCCCAUCUCUGCCCUCUGCUGCUCACUAGGACGUCCCUCUGCUUCCCAUGCCCCUCCAGUCGCCUGUCUCCCUUUCCUGCACCCCAAGACUCAUCCAGUACCUUUUUUGUAAAUAGUCACAUCCAGUAGAUGCCUCUGAAUGGAUGUAAGGAUUAUAAAGCUGCAGACUACACAACUUUUAUUAUAAGCCAUAGUACUAUGUAUGUUAAAUAAGCAACUGUACAUUAAGCAGAAAAAAGGAACAGCCUCACAUGUGUUUCCAUCCAAAGCAGGAAGGAGUGUUCACUAAGUGUGAACAGUGGCCUCUUUAAUUUUCCUUAGUUAUCUUUUUUUAUUAUUAAUAUGGAUAAUAAUCAUUAGUUAUUGUUAUUAAAGUUCUUGUUGAUUGGGUCACCCUAAUCAUUUGCUGUUGAGCAUAUCUCCCCUUAGAAGAGAUGUCUCAGUUCUCCCAUGGAAACAGAGCUUUUUAAUUUUAAUUUUAAUUCCAUCAUCAGCAUAACUAAGAGAUCAUUUGGGAAAUAAACCAUGUGUGACUUCAGUCUCUGACAUCACUGAGAUGUGAAAGAGCUGAGCUGUCUACCCUCAGUUGCUGGUAGAAGUUAAAUGCCUCAGAAUCUAAGCAAGAGUCAAGUUGCUUUGGGAAUUAGCCAUACCUUAACUUGAAAGAGCAGAUUUGAGUCUAACGGGUGCCAUCCUGAGAGCUGGAGCCACGCGAGGUGUGUAGUGCUCUGACAGAGCACUUCCCCAUUCCUUCGAAGCCAACAGCCCAGCAGCCCUCUGGCAUGGCUGGCUGCUCUGAGUAGCCAACCUUCCUCUUUCUGCCCAAUGCCAUAUUCAGCAAUGCCAUUCCUGGCGGUGCUUGCAGGAGAGACAUCUGGGCUCCUGCAUACUGUUACUGCUGCAUCCUGCUCCUCUGUGCCCCUGCAGUGCAUGGGCGUAACAGAUGCGCUGAACGUGGCCCCGGAGAUGGAGAACUCCCGAGUUCACCUCUGCUUUCUCAUGCUAAAUUCCUCUGGUGCCUUGGGGAAGUUAGUUAUUUUUCUGUCCCAGUUUCUCCAGCUGUAAAAUAUAGGUGUUAAUCUAUAUCUACUAUAAAAAGGAUAAUGUGAAGGUGAAUUACAUACUGCUUCUACAGUGCCGUACAGGAGCUAAUUAGUAUUAUAAGGGUGUGUGGCACCCCUCGAUGCUAGCAAGCUGGGAAGAAAUCUCUCUCUCUGACCAUUAUCUUUGAAGCCUUUCCCAGACACAGGUUCAGCGGGUUUCCCUGUACAGAUCUUGCUGGUAUUGAGGAACUGUACAAGAAAAGUCAAAUUACCCUGGAGCUGUUGACUAGCUAGUGCACACACAAACGCACAGACAUACUCGUUCUUAUGCAUAGGCAGACUUAUUUUGGACACAGCCCCUCAUCAUCAGGUAUCUGACCUGUCAUCUGAAGAGCUGAUUUUGGAGCCUUUGCACUCUCUACUUCUCUACACUAGCUGGUGUGGGAGCAUUACACCCUCUUGAUCUCCCAGUCCUGUAAGAGAAUAAUAGUUUGCCUGGAAGAUCUGGCAUUGCCUGUCCCUAUCAUGGGAGCAAUAAAGUUUCCUAAGUAGACGGGACAGAUCUGGAAGCAAAUAUACACUUUCCAUUGACAGUAGAAAGGAAAGCAACCACAAAUGCUUAAUCAUAUACCUGAAAUUUUACUUCAGUGGAACUUGUUUGAUGUACUUGCUCAGUUAAAUUGAAGUUUGGCAGGUAUCUAAGUACUUUCUUGAAUUAGAAAUUUAAAAAGAUGCCUACCAUCUUUUCGGGUAAGACGCAGCAAUCUGCACCAUAUUUAAGGCAGUGAGCUUGUGAAUUCUGUGCCUCUUAUCAGCAUCUCCCAUAGUAGGGAAAAAUUUUGAUAAAAGAGAAGAAAUAUAUAUUAUCCUCUUCCACGCAGUUCUUAUUCAGGUAUGCUAGUCCUUGCUGGUUCCCAAUUGGCUUCAACCAUCAGUUUCCAUGAAUCCAACGCAGAGGCUGAGGGAGCUGUACAACCUCCUGCAACUCAGUGCCAGCUGAUAAACAUUCAACUUAUUUCAGUUUGGACUGACAAACAAGAUACGUCCAAUUCAUGUGCAAGCUGUCAAGGGCUUCCCAGGGGAAAAAGCAGGCAUGUUUUACUUUUUCAGUUUCUGUUAAUGGUUUUUGGUUUUUUGUUUCCUCCCUGCCACACUUUCAUUUAAAGCAAGGUGAAUGUCUCCCCCUAAGACUUUUAUAACCCAGAGCACUCUUUACCUCUGUAUCAAUGCUUGGGGAUAUCACAGCAAUGUUAAGCAAAUUAUCAUUUUCUAGGGAGAGUGUCCUGUUCCCCCCGUGCAAAUUCAGCAGCCAUGAAUCUGAGCCCAUUUGAAGCAGACCUCAAAGAACCAAAAAAAUCUCUUUCUGCCAGGUAAGAGGCAGCAGCUCUUUUUGAUGCUCUGCCAGGUAGGGAACUAAUCCAAUACCCACUGUAAGCUAAAAGGCAGAUGGCCUAGCCUUUCGCUCCUGCCGCUCACUGGUGGUGAAGUCUCCUAGCCCAGAUAACAGUGGCACAACAGCUCAGACAUCUCCUGAAAUGCUCCGGUUUCAGUCUCCUUUAUCGUCCCAUGAGUAAGCAAGAUCAGCAGAAAAGUAUUCCUGCUAGAAGGAACAUAUCCAUCUGUAUUCCUGUCUUGCCUUGCCCUGGAGAACUCUACAAGCAAGUAAGCAAAGGUGCCUGCAGAGUCUGCAGAGCAUGAGGCCGUUCUGCUUGUCUUUGGCCUGUCUCUGUCCCUCGCUUUUCUCCCUUCCCUUGCCAUGACCACAGACUCGUUGUCCAGCUAAACACCAUUCCAGAGAGCUCAGGGCGGGCAUAUGGGAGCUGAUGGCUUCCUUUUCAAUUUUCCUUUUUUUUUUUUUUUAAUGAAGAAAUUUGGCAGAAGAUGCACUGCACGCCCUGAGCACGUGUUGCUUGUUUUUCCUCCUCUACCCUUUGGCAUCUCGCUUGGGGUCUAGGCCUGUCUCCAGGUUAUUCUUCAUGCCUCAAGUGCCUCAGCCACUUUUUAGGUGGCUGACAAGGCACACUGCCCUCCCUUCUCUGCCCAGCACCUUCAUCACAGAUGUGGACCUUCCAACACCAAGCACCCAGACACAGGUCACAGCACUUGCACAAGACCAAAGAGGAGCCUGGUUCUUUGUUUGGAUUCUGACCAUCUCUUUGUCUUUCCAUACCAUUGUUUUAGUUGUAGCCCCAGUUUGUUCAAUCUCAGGUAAUGACAUCUUCUAUGUUGUUGUUGUUGUUGUUAUUGUUGUUACUAUUAUUAUUGUUAUUAUUAUUAUUAUUAUUAAUGCAGAAGGGUGGGUGGCUAGACACUGCAGCCAUUUUCCUCCACAGCUCCAGGACCUCUCCAGUUAGGAAAAGAAAAUAGAAAGCCCUCCAACUUUUGGAGGGCAAAUAAUUUAGUUUGACAUUGACCUUUGUGAACUUACAUCUAUCUUUAGAGAAAGCCAUAUGAAAUCAGACUGCAAUAUUAAUUAUGAAUGCUACUCAGUGUUAAAAAUAAAUAAAACAAGUGACUAGACCAUGUGCUAAAUCACUCUCAUGUUCCUCCAUCUAUGUUUCUAUCACCAUGUGUUGGCUUAGAUCCUUCCCAGCCACUCUCCUUUGUCAAAAAAAACGCAUACCAAUGCUACUGAAUACAUCUCUUUGACAAGCUUACUGUGCUAGCAAAGGCGUUGUUAGAAAUCAGCUCUUGUGACCUCAAGGUAAUGUCUUAUGUAUCUGAAACUUGUCUAUAUCUGUUUGAAUAUAUGUUAUCAAGAUACUGUUUCUUCGUGUGCUGAGUUAGUAAAAUGUUUCAGUAACUGUCUCUAAAAAAUUGCUUGUUUUCUCUCUUUCUCUUACACACACAGAGCAAAACUCAACCUAGCAAUGCAUUUUCUAAUAGAAAUGCUCCCCAGCUUUCUUUAAGAUGCAUGCAGUACCCUCCAAGCAGCCAGAUGAUUUAAAGUGGAGACUUUGUGAAUGUAAAAUUUACUUGUAAUUUGCCUGCUGCUUUUUCCUGCAUGAAGUAGGUAAAUGAUAUGAUGUUCUUAAAAUGGAGUCACAGCCAAAAUAAAGUGAUUUCAUACA